AUACUUUCCGAUUUUGAAAGAAGACUAUCCAAGAAGACUCUUUAGUUUUCAAACUUAGCGGACACUCUAGGAAAACACAAAAAUAGAGGAAGUUCACAUCAGGAUUACAACAAAUCUCCCACCUUCCAAAAGAGUCAACAAAUUCUCCCUUCUUCUUGCUUAAAUUCAGCAAUCAUCAUCUGUCGGUUAAUUUAGCUUAACACCAAACUCACCAACUUCCUCCAUUCUAUUCACUGCUACUGCUCUGAUCAAAAUCCCCCCUUUUUCUCUCUCCUCCCACCUUCCCAUGGCGGCAGCCUUGGCGAGCCCACCUUCUUCUCAAACUAUGGUCUCUUCUUCCACUCUUUCUCCUUCCCGUUCCUCAUCGGAAAGCGCCGCCGUCUCCGCCACUCCCAGCGACCUAUCUGAUCGUAUCACUCGCACUUCGAGUUUCUCCAGAAAUGCCGAUUCUCAGUCUUUGGAUUUGCUGAGGAGUGAGGAGUAUCGCCAGCUUUUUCGCCUGCCUGCCGAAGAAGCUCUUUUGCAGGAUUUUAAUUGCGCAUUACAAGAAAACAUUCUUCUUCAGGGUCAUAUGUACUUGUUUGAGCACUACAUAUGCUUUUACUCCAACAUCUUUGGAUUCGAAACAAAGAAAAUAAUUCCUCUUCAAGAUGUCACAUCUGUACGGAGAGCAAAAACUGCUGGAAUCUUUCAUAAUGCAAUCGAAAUUGUAGCUGCUGGAAAGAAGCACUUUUUCGCUUCAUUCUUAUCCCGUGAUGAAGCUUUUAAGCUUAUUGAUGAUGGAUGGUCACAACAGACUAAUGGUGCCAAAGGGAUAUUAGAUCGACAGGAUUCUAAAUUUGAGAGCAGUUCCCAAUUAAAUGGAGAUAUUCCAGCUGAAAACGCCAACUCUGAUAUCCCUGUGAGUGACUCGGUGUCAGAUGAGAGGAAUUUGGGGGUGUCUACACCAGAAGACACCAAACCUCCUGCAGGUCAUGUUCAUGAUAAUGCUAAGCCAACUGCUUCUAAAGUUUCUCAUGUGAUGGAAGAGAAGCGAGAGGAUGCAGGACCUUCUACGUCUUCACAGUCUAUCAAUUGGAACCUGGAAACUCAGGAUGCUCCCGAAACACCUAAAUGUUACACCAAGGUCGCGGAGUCUAAGUUUCCGAUAAAUGUUGAGCAGUUCUUCAAUCUGUUUAUUUCUGAUGAUGCUGUUGGUUUUAUUAAAUCCUUCCAUAACAAAUGUGGAGAUAAAGAUUUUAUGUGCACUUCAUGGUUGCCUCAUGACAAGUUUGGAUAUACUCGUGAGAAAAAGUUUCUGCAUCCUGUGAAAAUAUAUUUUGGGGCAAAGUGUGGUGGCUGCAAGGAGACCCAGAAAUUCCAGGUUUACAAGGACAGCCAUCUUGUUAUCAAGACUUCACAGGAAGUGAGUGAUGUUCCUUAUGCAGAUUACUUCACUGUUGAGGGACUCUGGGAUGUGCAGAAAGACAGUGAUGAGUCGGAAGGUUGUAUAUUGCAAGUAUAUACUAAUGUGACUUUUUCUAAGAAAACUAUGUUUAAAGGUAAGAUAGAGCAAUCAACCGUGGAAGAGUGUCGAGAAGUUUUCGCAACCUGGAUACAACAUGCACAUGAACUGUUAAAGCAGAAGAACAUCGAGAAAACAGAAGAAGGUGCUAUACUUAACAUGCUUCAGAAUGGCCAAGUUGAUCAGCAAGUUGCUGGACAACCUGCAGAACACUCAGAAAGGUUGCAUGGGAAGGGUGAGCCUCAGAGGAAAAUUGAGACUGUAGCCAACUCUUGGGGCAGUCAUGAACAAAUCAGAAAUAGAUUACUUGAAAAUCUGUUUCAUGCUACUACAACCGUCAUGUCUACUUUGAGAGCGAUUGCAGUCAAGGUCUGCACUUAUUUGAGAAGUAAAGGCAACCUCCAAGUGUUUUUGGUGAUUGCUUUUUCUAUUAUCCUCCUCUUAAUGCAGUUCAGCAUUGUUGUACUAUUAAGUAGACCACAACCAGUUUAUAUAAUUCCUCAAGCAGAUCACACGAGUUCUAUGGGGCUAGGAGUCGGUGAUAGAUCAGCAGAAGCAAUGGCUUGGAUGGAAAAACGAGUUCACCUGCUUAAGGAUGAGAUGCUUCUGGUGGAGGCUCAGCUUGAAAGGAUGAAACAUGAACAUGUUUUAUUAAAAGCACAAUUAGAGGACUUCGGUCGUCUACUGAAGCAGCAAAGAUGACUUUGAUCUCUUGUAUAUUCCCAUCAAUGGUUCUCAGUUCACGACUAUAUUUUGGCCAUUGAAGAAAUGAUCUAGUAAGUAUUGGGUUGUAUAAAUGAUGCUUUGGAUAUUCAGGGACAUGUAAAAGAAUCCUGCUUGAAGCAUUUUUGUAUUCGAUAUCUACAUAUGAUUUUGAGCUAUCACGGUCUUUUGCAAAUAUUGCAAACCCCGUGGACUGUUGUAUCACUGGAGGUUGUAAAGCUGGAAGACUUCCCAAUUCAAUGAGAGGAAGACGUAGGAAAGUUUGUAAAAAAUAAUACGAACUGUAAAGUCUAGUAUGGAAUGAUGGAAUCGAAUGAGCUGUCUGGCCAACGGUUUUCCGGUGAUGGUGGCUUAGUGUAGCAUUAUAUUCAAUGUUGCACUGCAAUCACAAGCCAUUUGGAUGUUCAUGUUUAUGUCUUGAAUCAUGAUGUAUUUUCUUUUAAAUGAUUUCAGAGACCACUGUGUGUUAACACCGGCCCGCCUCUUUAUCCUGGGGUCUCUCCGGCAGGGGAGAGGCUGUUCAUGUUUUACCUCAUGAUAUGUAUAUGUAAAUAAUGGGGUAUAAAUAAACUGUUCAAUAUUUUGUUGUAA